AUGGAGUUGGCAGGAGAUCAUAAAUCAAAGGACGAAACAGUUGAUGUGCUAUUGAAAGAACUGAAGACCCCGGCCGGCGCGCUUGCAGCUGCAGAAGCUGCAGAAGAAAAGGCUCAAUUGAGAAAAUCGCUAGAGGAAAACCGAGAGGGUUAUAUAAAGAACGAUCGAUCUAAUGUUCAUCGUGAGGGCAGCGGUUUUGAGAAAUUAGACCGGGCUGUAAACAAAAUCAAUCAAACCCCGUCAAAAGGGAGCAGUAGUAGCACUGCUAGUUCUACUAACCCUGCUGCUACUACAGCUUCAGGAGCAAACGGAAACAACAGCUCUCCCUAUAUUCCAAAAGACGGUACCCCUUUAACCAGAGCGACAUCACCUGAAAGUACUGAAGAAUCAAUCACCGGACGACUGACUGGUUUUAUGAAAGAUACAUAUAAAAGAUACAAGCCAGUUGUUAUGGCUCAGGUCAAUAACGGUACCAACUAUGCACGAAAUCGAUCGAGCACCGGAAGUAGCAGCAUCAGUUCAAAGAGUUCAGGAAGCGAUAUUGAAAAGCCCCGUUCCCAGCCUGGAGUCAAUGGAGCUGGUACUGACGCUAGCAUCCUGCCAGGGGCCUCCACUACGUACGAAGAAGACUUGGGAUAUGGUAUAUUUCCUACUGUCAAAAUCUCAUCGCGACCUGGUGGGCAUUUUGAUGGCACCUUACGUGUAUCAUAUAAGGAUGUUCAAUUGCACCGUAUGAAUAGUAAAAAGGGCAAGGCUUUUCGUCCUGGCGACCACCCUCGCUUCCUAAAGCUGCGUGCUCAUCACCCAGAUAUGGCCAGUGAGCCACAGGGCAUUGCCAACCUGAUUGAUCCGGAAGGAGUAUCCGUUAUUUCGGAUAUUGACGACACGAUUAAAGAGACCAACAUCGCAGCGGGCGCGAAGAUCGUCCUUCAGAAUACGUUCCUUAACGAAAUGCAAGAUGUUCCAGGGAUGGCAAAUGUCUAUAAAGAGUGGUGGAAGCAAGGUGUAGCCAUCCAUUAUGUCUCCAACUCACCAUGGCAACUCAUUCCAAGCCUGUUGGACUUCUUCCACACGCACAAGUUCCCUCCGGGGUCGGCACAUCUACGCCUACACGACAGUGUCUUGAAGUCGUACUUUAUGUCACCUGGGGAACAUAAGCGUAGGGCUAUCAGCGAGAUCUUGACCGACUUUCCAGACCGCAAGUUUAUCCUGAUUGGAGACAGCGGUGAAAUCGAUUUAGAGAUUUAUACAGAAUUGGCACGUAAUUUCCAGGGACAGAUUUUCAAGAUUUUUAUUCGAAAUAUUACGACGGCGAGGCUUCAGGAGAUGAAUGCCGAAUCGACAGCCGAUUCUAUAAUAGGACCUGAUUUCUUUACUCAGCAAGGCGGUGCUGGGGUUGUGAAUUCCUUAAAAGCUAAUGAUACUCCUAGCGAUCUCCCCACGGAUGAUAUUGGACGCGCUUCCUCUCGAACCGAUGGAGAUGCAAGCAAAAGUAGUAGUAGACAAAGCGUGGAGACGGCGUUGGGCAAAGGUGAAACAACGAUAUCAGACGCUAUUGCUGCCAAUACAACUACGUCUGUAGCCACAGACAGAGCUGGCUCCAAGGCUUCAGAAAAGACAGCAACGGGCGAUGGGCUUACAGAUAAGGCAAUAUUGGAUGAAGAGCCCAUGCCUGGCGCUCCCGUGUGCCAUGAACCAGCAGUAACCAAGAGUCCGCUUGAACUCUGGGCUGAUCGUGUGGAAGAAUGUAGAAAAUACUUGCCGGAGGAUAUGCUGACAAUUUUUGAAGACGCACAAGCGUUAGGGAAGUGUUCAUUAGUCAAGGAAAAGAUUCGAUAUUAUCGGGAUGCGUUUACCUUGGAUGAAGAUGAUGAGAACGAGGAUGAGGAUGAUGGAAAUGUAAAGGGAGACAAGGCUAACAAGAGCAAGAAUGAAGAUAUGGGUAAAGAGGAUCGCGACAACAACGAGCUACCACAGCCUCAGCCACAGAACAGAAAGAUAGAAAAGCUGAUUGAUGUAUGA